AUUAAUUAAAAUAAAACGUGAUAUAUAUUAUCAUUGAUAAGAAAAUACCUAAACGAUGCUGCCAUCUAGCCGUAAAAUUUCGAAGCAAUUUCAUGCUCCACGUUGAGCUUUUAUUACACCGGUUCACGAAUAAACAUUGCCUAUCAAAUUUAUCGGAUUUAAUUCAUUUUUCUUAUGACAACGUGAUCAAUACGUUUGUAACACUAUCAAUUGUUUCAUAAGAAUUAUUUCAUGUAAAAUCUGUGGAUCCGAUAUCACCCGAGCAAUCACAUCGUGAGAUCCGGCCGACCAGAUCGACGUUAUUGUUCUCGUCAGGUUUCAACGAGUCGCAGUGAAAUAAUGACAGAGCAGGAAAACGAGGAGCUGACGUCGUCGGAUCUCGGCACUCUCGAUUUCUGGGAGAACGCGUACGCGCAGGAGCUCGACAACUUUCGCGACCACGGCGAUGUGGGCGAGGUGUGGUUCGGCGCGGCCAACUCGCGCAAGGUUGUACGAUGGAUCGCCACGAAAUUGGAUUUAGACAAAGAGAGAGAUAAGAUAAUCGAUGUAGGAUGUGGUAAUGCGAUGACUUUAGUGGAACUCGCGGAAGAAGGAUUCACGAACUUGACGGGAGUGGAUUACUCGCAGAAAGGGAUAAAUCUAGCCCGCAUGGUGUUGAACGAUAAUAACUUACCAAACGUAAAUUUAAAAAUAUGCGACAUACUCGACAAUGCAUUGCCGUGUGAUUUUAAAGUCGUCCACGAUAAAGGCACUUACGAUGCUAUUAGUUUAAAUCCAGAAAAUCCGACUAUAAAACGACAGAAGUAUAUAGAAAACGUACAUCGCAUUCUUUUACCAGGAGGAUAUUUCAUCUUGACGUCCUGCAACUGGACCAAAGAAGAAUUGCUGAAACACUUCGCAAAUCAUUUCGAAUUUGAUAGUCAGCUUCCUACAGAUACAUUCCAAUUUGGUGGACAGACGGGAAACACCGUAACACAAUUAGUAUUUAGAAAAAAUGACAAUAAGAAAAUUUAUAUGUGUAUAUUUCUAUACUACAUAAAGAUAAAUGAAAUAAUUGUGUCAAAUCUGUAA